AUGGCGCAACACACCUUCAACAGACAGCCACCACCACAAACCUAUGGCCUUGUGUCAUUCCCAGCACAACAUGUCAUGCUUGUGGUCUUUAACAGACCCAAAGCUCUCAAUUCCAUGACCAGCGACGGAGAAUAUGAGCUUGAAGCUCUCUGGGAGUGGUACGACAACGAGCCCUCCCUCCGAUGCGCCAUCGUGACAGGCGCCGGGCGUGCAUUCUGCGCAGGCAUGGACCUCAAGGAAUGGAACCAGAUCAACCAGCGCAAAAGAGAUGGCAUACCCGAGAAGCGACCGAUGGACCCGCCCACGACGGGAUUUGGCGGCCUCUCGCGUAGGAGCGGAAAGAAGCCCAUUAUUGCUGCUGUCAACGGCUUGGCUAUGGGAGGCGGAUUCGAGAUGAUUGCCAACCUCGACCUCAUCGUCGCUGCGAAAAGCGCUGUCUUUGCCCUGCCAGAGGCCAAGAUUGGUGUUGUCGCUAAUGCGGGUUCCCUGCCGAGACUAGCCAGGACCAUUGGCCGUCACAGAGCGACCGAGAUGGCCCUGACGGGACGGAGCAUCAGCACUACAGAAGCCCGCGAGUUUGGCAUCCUCAACGCUAUAACCGAAGACGCCCCAGCGGACUGCGACGUGCUGGAGCGUCCAGUGGUGAAGAAAGCCCUCGAGUACGCGACUGCCAUCAUCAGCAACAGUCCCGACAGCGUGAUUGCGUCUCGGGCUGGUAUCCUUGCUGGCUGGGAACAUGGGAGCGCUGAGAAUGCAGUGCGUGUGCAUCGUCAGACGUGGGACUCUGUCAUGGCGGAUGGACACAAUUUCCAUGAGGGCGUGCAGGCCUUUGUGGAGAAGAGGAGCCCGAGAUGGGUGGACAGCAAGUUAUGA